AUGCCAAGUGUGGAUAUUUCCGUUAAUCAAUUGAUAGAUAUAUUCGCGGAAGAUCGCGAUACACCACCGACAGUAAGUACAUCCUUAGGUCAUGUCAUGAUAGAAAUUCAAGGAGACUUGCAACAUCCACAGAAGUCAAUUGAUCCUGCAUUGGAUGUGGACUCAAGGUUUAUAGAGCAUGAAGGAAAUGGAUUGGUACGAUUUGGCAUAUUAUCCUACGAUCUGGAAACAAAACACGUUACGCUCUUUAUUGGGAACAAACAAAGACUUAUGGGUUCCAUUGUAAAAAUUGAGCCACCAUUGGGACUCUUGAAAUUUGACAAAGCUGAUGGAACUGUUAGCCUGCGAGACGUACUCAAAUAUAAGAUAAUAUUCAAGAAUAGACCGCUUCCGAUUAUGUAG